AUGUCUUCUGAUGAAAUAUCUGUCAAGUCUAAGGCUGUUAUUGAAUCAUCAAACCUUGAACUACACGAAGGCGAAGUUCCAGAUUCUUUAUGGCAUGAACGAAUUCAAAUCUACCUGGAUACUUGUACAGAUAUUAAAAAUAUACUUGCCAGUCAAUCAGAAGUGGACUACUAUGCACCGCUGCUGCCUACUCUUAUCCUUUUAGGCGGUAUUCUUGGAAAUGUAUAUACCACUGGUAAACUGCAUGAUAACAGCAACAACAACAACCUUAAUCUACUUGCUAACGAGAUUCUACACAUCCUGAUGAGUAGAUGUCAUGUAGAAACUAUCAGAAAGUUAUUACUAUUAAAGCCUAGUCAAUAUAAAAAAUUGAAUGCUUCUGCCAAUUUAGCUUCACAAAUAUUAAAGUUUUGUGUUAUUCAUAUUACAAAAGCAUCUAACAAGUCGUCAGAUGACCCAUUGACUCGUUCACCUUUAUUUCGUGAUACACUUAUCUGGUUAACUAUAGAACUUGACUAUCCUGAAUUAGCUGGUGAUGAAUUCAUCUCUGUCUUACAACCGUUAGGUUUAAGACUUACAGAAGAUUAUCGUCCAUGUAUCCAAUUAGCUGGUCUUAAACUUCUCUACAAUUUAGCCUGCAAGGCUCGAAUAGCUGAUUGGCGACAAAGUAAUCGAGGGGAAGCAGUUAUCUCCCAACUGUUAAAUCAUAGAAUCGCUAGCAGUCCUGAAUCAUCUGAGUUAUUACUUGAUGAAGUCUACUCAACCAUGUUAGUGUUAACAAAUCUGCUGGAUAAGUCAAAAUCAUUUCAUUGGUAUGAUAAAAUAACGGAACGAUUACUGUUCGACCUGUUAAUGGAAAGUCGAUAUAAGCGUCAAAUUGUUCUACUCAGACAUUUAUUAAAAUUGAUUCAUAUUUUGAAGGCAUCUUUUUCACUGUAUACUGAACAAUUUUUAAAAAUUGUAUCAAGUAUUUUACUUGGUCCACGAAAAUUUAAACAUACUGUCAUCACUUCGAAAACCGAUGAACAACGGGAGGAAUAUGAUACGGUCUAUGUACUUGUAUUACAAUCUGUAACAGAAUUUAUACAGCUAUGUUGGCCAAUAAUUUCUCCUACAUUACUACCUCAACUUAUCCCACCAAUUAUUGCAUUUAUUGAUUUAUUAUCCUAUGAUAAUCCGUUAGGAAGUGAACCGAAUGAAGCCUAUUCAUCACUUAUAAAAGGCAUAUUUAAAUAUCUUAUCCUAUUGCAGUCGAAUUUAAUGUCUGAUGUGCUACAACCUUUGUGUAGUAAAAUUCCACAGUUGAAAUUCUAUCUUCCGACGGAAUAA